AUGCCUCUCACCGUCGUGCCUCUUGCCAUGGUGUUGCUCACCCUUGUCAUUGCACUGUUCACACUGGUUGACAACUGUGGCUGGGCAAACAAGAAUGUGCACACCCUUGGCUUCUUCAGCAAGCUUAUCUAUCUGGGCUACUUCCAUGCCCUGGACCCUCCCUAUAACAGCAUUAAGAAGCACCACGAGGCCGUCGAGUGUGUGGCCAAGGUGGUGGCGUGCCGCGCUGCCGACGUUGGAUGCGAGUUCACCUCUGCACGUGGGCACAUGCAAGACCACGAGGACAAGUGCGCCGUGUGGCCCCUCCGCGCCAUACUCCAGCGUCAGCAGGACACAGUGCAAAGGCUCUCGCGCUUGGUCGAGGAGCAGCAGACCAUGCUGAAGCGGCAACGGAGCGAAAUCGACGAGCUCAACAAGGACAUGCAGGCGCUGAAGACACAGGCCAGCGUCAAGUUCCCCUUCGGUGUUGGUCCUUCUGCCGCUGCCCCCGCUGCUGCUCCUGCCAGAGGACGUAUCAUAAUGUCUGAUUCUGAUAGUUCCGAUAGUUCUGAUAGUUCAGAUUAUUAA